CGAUGACAUCACCGGGCCGGGGGCGGGAGGGAGCGGGCGGAGCGGGAGGGCCUCCUCCGCGCCAGGCGCAGCGCCCGGUCGGGCUCCGUCGGGCGGCCGCGGCCAUGACGCAGGGUCCGGGCGGGCGCGCGCCCCCGGCGCCCCCCGCGCCCCCCGAGCCCGAGGCGCCCACCACCUUCUGCGCGCUGCUGCCCCGAAUGCCGCAGUGGAAGUUCGCGGCCCCGGGCGGCUUCCUGGGUCGCGGUCCGGCGGCGGCGCGGGCGGCUGGGGCCUCGGGGGGCGCAGACCCCCAGUCCGAGCCGGCGAGCCCGGGGGGCGUCCCGGCGCUGGCGGCCGCUGUCCUGGGCGCCUGCGAGCCCCGCUGCGCGACGCCCUGUCCCCUGCCCGCGCUCAGCCGCUGUCGGGGCGCGGGGGCGCGGGGGCCGCGGGGCGCGCGGGGGGCGGCCGGGUCCGGGGACGCCGCCGCCGCCGCCGAGUGGAUCCGGAAGGGCAGCUUCAUCCACAAGCCCGCGCACGGCUGGCUACACCCCGACGCCAGGGUCCUGGGGCCUGGGGUCUCCUACGUCGUGCGGUACAUGGGCUGCAUCGGUGUCCUCCGCUCCAUGCGCCCCUGGACUUUUAACACACGCACGCAGGUGACCAGAGUACCCCGCCGCUGCAUGAGCAUCUCCAUCCACAUCUCCACCGACGGCCUCAGCCUCUCCGUGCCCGCCACGCGCCAGGUCAUCGCCAACUACCACAUGCCGGCCCAUCUCUUCGAUCAGGUGGAGACACGGACAUGACGGGAUUACGUGGCCUACGUCGCCAAGGACCCCAUCAACCAGAGAGCCUGCCACAUCCUGGGAGUGCUGUGAGGGCUGGCUCAGAGCGCCAUCAGCAGCGGCCAAGCCUUCGAGCUGGCGCUCAAGCAGUACUGCAAUAGCCCACUGAAGGUGGCACUGCCUCAGAAAAGGCUGGCGCCAGAGGAGUCGGCCUGGGGGACGAGGAGGAGGCCAUGACACAGCUGGUACAACAGCGCCCCAGGAAGGAGCGCGCCGGGCGGGCUGGUGGACUCCCGGCUGGCUCCUGACACAGCCCCAGCCUCACGCCUCGGCCAGGGUCCAUCUGCUUCUCUAAGAGAUGCCUGCAGCCUGCCAAGUGGGACGGGGGUUGACGGCACAGGACCCUUCGAGGAUGCCCUGAAGCUGCACGAGUGCUCAGUGGCCGCAGGUAUGACAGCAGCCCCCCUUCCUUUGGAGGACCAGUGGCCCAGCCCCCCUACCCGCCGGGCCCCUGUGGCCCCCACGGAGGAACAGCUGCGCCAGGAGCCCUGGUACCACGGCCGGAUGAGCCGUCGGGCGGCAGAGAGGAUGCUUCGAGCUGACGGGGACUUCCUCGUGCGAGACAGCGUCACCAACCCCGGGCAGUAUGUCCUCACCGGCAUGCAUGCCGGGCAGCCCAAGCACCUGCUGCUGGUGGAUCCCGAGGGCGUGGUGCGGACAAAGGACGUGCUGUUUGAGAGCAUCAGCCACCUGAUCGACCACCACCUGCAGAACGGGCAGCCCAUCGUGGCCGCCGAGAGCGAGCUGCACCUGCGCGGCGUGGUCUCACGGGAGCCCUGAGCCAGGUGACCGUGCUCAGCCCCGGCUCCUGCCUGUUCUCAGCCCCGGCUCCUGCCUGUCGUGGCCUUGGGGCUCUCAGCCCUCCUCCUGGAUCCUGGUCAGGCCGAACCGCUGCUGCCUCUCCUUCCUUCGCAUGAGCCUCUGGCACGGUCCUCCCUCCAGCCGGCCCGGGCUGGGCAGAGCCUCCUCCUGCCAGGACCCCUGCCCACCCCCUCCUUUGCCUGGAGUGAGGGUGUUCAUACCAAAGACAGAACCAUUUCUCGCCUUUAAAGAAAAUAUAUCCAGAAGCCGCCGCUGCCUGGGAGCCCUGGCCUGUGGGUCCCCCUCUCGCCCGGCUGGUUCGGUCUCACGCCCGAGAGAGUCAGGGCUCCCAGGACCCUGGGGCGGAGGCGGAUUCCGGGCCUGGCUGGGCUUACUUUUCCCACCUGUGGAACAGGGUGCACGGUUGUCUUUGAUGGGGGACAGUUAAGGUGCUUUGGGGUUCUCAGGCCAGGACACAUGCUAGCGUUGGAUUCUGGGGUAGCCAGGCCGCUCCAAGACAGUGGAUACUGUGAGGCCCCGACACUUGGGAGCAGGGGAAGGACGUGGUUGCCCGGCCUGGGCUGUGCCCACCAGCUUCCGCCCAACCCCGCCCUCCCAGCUGUGGAUCUAGACCAGAUGUUCGGAUCGGUUUGUCAUUAAACCUGGGAACGGCCACAAGAGCA